AUGCUCACCAGAUCAGUAGCAACGCCUCUAUUGGCGCUUUCCAGCCUCGCCUUACAGGCUACUGCUGUCUCUCAUAAGCAAUGGAGCAAGCGGAGCGAUCAUUUGUACCUGCCAAAAGAGACUAGUGACUACAAGACUGCUACAGCUCCGAACAAUGUCACCAUUCGAUACAAGAACCCUGGUAUCUGUGAGACCACCCCAGGCGUGGACAGCUACUCUGGAUAUGUCGACCUGACACCUGAUGUCCACGUCUUCUUCUGGUUUUUCGAGUCUCGCAACAAUCCUGCAUCCGACCCAUUCACCCUAUGGUUGAAUGGAGGACCUGGCUCAGAUUCGCUCAUUGGCCUGUUCGAGGAGAACGGACCUUGCAUGAUCGAUGACAACCUCACAGCAGUAUAUAACCCUUACAGCUGGAACAAUGUCUCCAACAUGCUGUACAUCUCGCAACCCGUCGGAACAGGUUUCAGCUACCAGAAGCAAGGUGUUGGAAGUUUCAACUCGUUCUCUGAAGACUUCCACUACAACUCUAGCGAGUGGCCUGCUACAGGUCGAUGGCCGCUGUUGGAACCCUUGAACACUGGUACGAUUGAUACUACGGAUCUUGCUGCUGUUGCCGUUUGGCACGUAUUCCAAGCACUAUUGGCCACCAUCCCAAAGUUUGAUGCGAAGCUUGGAGACUUGGAUGCAGCAAGAGACUUCAACCUCUUUACUGAGUCAUACGGCGGUCACUACGGCCCGGCCUUCUUCAGCUACUUCUACAACCAGAACCUUAAGAUUGAGAACGGAAGUAUGCCUGGUUACCCACUCAACUUCAACUCUCUCGGCAUAAUCAACGGUAUCAUCGACGAAUCUGUCCAGGCUGAACACUACCCGGAGUUCGCCGUUAACAAUACUUAUGGCAUCAAGGCAUACAACGACACUGUCUACUCGUACGCCAAGUUCGCGAACAACAUGUACAACGGUUGUCUCUACCAGAUAGCUCUCUGCCGAGCUGCCGCUGAAGGCAACACCACUUACUACCACGCUGAUGCAAAGAUCACCGAGGCCGAGUUGACACCCGGUGAGAUGCAGAUCUGCAACGAAGCAGCAGACAUGUGCCGUGACAACGUCGAAUCUCCUUACUACUACUACUCUGGCCGUGGAGUCUACGACAUCCGACACACAUACGAAGACCCGACACCGCCUUCCAACUACCCCGGUUACCUCAACCUUGGAGAAGUACAGGAUGCUCUCGGUGUCACACUCAACUACUCUGGGAGCAACGGAAUCUACUAUGCUUUCCAAAACACCGGAGACUUCAUCUACCCGAACUUCCGGCUCGAUCUGGAGUACUUGCUAAGCCAGGAUGUGCGCGUCAGCCUGGCGUAUGGCGAUGCUGACUAUAUCUGCAACUGGUUUGGUGGUGAAGCCAUCAGCCUAGCAAUGGAGUACACUCACAGUAAGGAGUUCCGCGCCGCAGGCUACGAGGCCAUGGUUGUAGAUGGCACCGAAUACGGUGAGGUUCGCCAGUAUGGCAACUUCAGCUUUGCGCGCGUCUACGAGUCAGGUCAUGAAGUUCCUUACUACCAGCCUGUUGCCGCGCUGGCUUACUUCAACCGUACUCUCUACCACUACGACAUCGCAACAGGCGAGGAGAAAGUUACUGUUAACCUGACUUCGUCUGGCCCGGCGAACGCAACACACACGAACUCAUUUGUUCCGAUUACGUCGUCCAUGCUCCAGGCCUUCCCUUCGCCUAUCUAUCCGGCGACGACGUCGGCGUACUAA